AAGAACGGGCGACUGUCAGCAGAUGAAAUAAGAAAACUGGAGCCAGGAUCUGUUAGGAGAGAAACUGUACAACCUGAAGCUUAUGAAGGAGUCAUAGUGAGACCAAUGAAGAGUUCUGACAGCUCAGAUGAAUAUGAAGGUCUAAUAAAGCCAGUGUUAGAUAUUCCAUUGGUUGGUGGUGAGUGUAUCCCUUACAGUUUCACUAGCAUCAGUGACCACAAGAUAUUACUACAAACUGGAGAAACAGUUAAUUUUCAGUUGGGAUACAAUGAGCUGAGUGGGACUUACAGAGCAGUUAAUAUAACAAACAAGAAAGAGUUAAUGAGAGGAACGGUUGAACGUAUCAAAGACCAAUUUGGUUUCAUUAAUUAUAAAGAUGAUAAUGGAGAAACUAUUUCUGUUUUCUUUCACAAAAACUCAAUGUCAGAUGGCUGUGAAUUUAGUGAAUUAAGUUCAGGAGAUGAAGUCCAAUUUAAGACAAUGUUCAGUCAGAGGAGUCAGAAAGACAGUGCCAUUUAUGUUAAGAAAACAACAACUCCCCAAGGCAGACCAGAGAGACUACGCCAUGGCUCAACUAAAGGAUCUUCUGCUUUAGUAACUGUUGUUCGGCAACCCAAAGGUCCUGAUGGUAGUGUAGGAUUCAUGUAAACCUCCUCCUCUCCAUUGCUGACCUGACACACACAUUAAGUUAAAGAAACAAGCUCUAGAGACUACACAAAAUGCUUUUACAAAAAAAUAACAAUUCAAUUAUUAUUUUUUAUAAUUGAUUAAUUAAUUCUAGUCCCCUGCCACUCUUUCCUGUAUUGUUGAUAAUCUAUUGUUACUAAUAAUAACACCAAACUGUUGUUACUAAUAAUAACACUGAACCAUUGCUAUUUCAUUGGUCUUUGAUUGUACAAUGA